AUGCGUCCUGCCACUGUCCUCCUCCCCGCGGCCCUCGCUGCCAGCAGCGCCGCCGCCCAGGGCGUCCGCAUCCUCCAGACCAACGACGACGGCUGGGCCGAGUCGUACCUGCGCGAGAUGCACUCGUCGCUCCUGGCCGCCGGCCACGACGCCCUCGUCUCGGGCCCGGCCGAGAACCAGUCCGGCACCUCGUCCCGCGACGCCGAGCCGGAGCCCCGCACGGAGCCGUGCCAGUUCGACAGCUGCGCCGCCAACAGCGGGCCCGUCGGCUCCAACGCCACCGACCCCAGGCUCAACUGGGUCAACUCGUUCCCCGUCACCUCGCUCAAGUUCGGCUUCGACACUUUUGCCCCCCAGGUCUGGGGUCCCGGUGCGGUACCAGACCUCGUCGUCACGGGGCCCAAUAUCGGCUCCAACCUCUGGCUCCAGGUGCCCUUCUCGGGCACCAUCGGCGCCGCCGCCGAGUCCGUCAAGAACCACGGCGUCCCGGCCCUGGCCUUCUCGGGCCUCACCGCGACCCACAACCGCUGGGACGUCAGCCCGGUGCCCCUGGAGAGCACGCUCUACGCCCAGCUCGCGACAAAGCUCACCAACGCCGUCAUCGCCUCGGGAACCCCCUACCUGCCCGAGGGUGUCUUCCUCUCCACCAACUUCCCCAAGGUGUCGUCCUCGCGGUGCAGCAAGGUCGACGACUUCAAGUUCGUCCUCACCCGCAUCAACCCGUUUGGCUUCUCCGGCCCGGACGCGCCCCACUGCGGAGGCGACACCAGCCUGCCCACCGAGACCGAGGUCGUCCUCAACCCCACGGGCUGCUUCGUCUCCGUCAGCGUCGCCGACGCCAGCGACAAGACCACCGCCCCCGCGGACAAGCAGGCCGUCGUGAUUGAGAAGCUCGGCGACUUCUUCACUUGCAUGUAA